AUGUCUUUUACGCGCUCUCUGGCUGCGCGGAAGAACGCUAGCUACGUCUUGCAGGCUUCGGCGCGCGUGCAGACCGCGUCCCGCGUCGCACGGCGCAAGUUCACCACCGUCUUGAAUCCCAAGCCCGCGCGCAUGCGAGGACGCCAGAUACCGGCGUAUAUGGCAGCAUUACGCCAUAUCCAUGCGCGGGCGCUCUCGUACUCUUCGAUACCCCGUUUCGUAGCCAGGGCUUUCCGCGUACCGAUAGCUGGUGCUACUAUCGGAGCUGGGGGAAUCACUUAUGCCAACUACAAGUUUGAAGAGGUCAGGAAGAAGUCCGAGGAAUGGAUGAACGAUGUCAAGGAUGCAGCAACGGAUGCUUUCGAUAUGGCCUCGGGCGGCUUCAAGGCCGUUCGGGAUGGUGUGGCCUCUGUCAAACUACCUGAGUUCGAGGCGCCGCAAUUCUUGAAGGGCCUUUUCUCAGCCCGCGAGGGUGACGGGAAGAACGGUGGCUCCGAUGGUGGCGACAACGGAGAGGGUCCCUCGUCCAAGUCACCGAAGCCAGAAGACGACAGUGCCGCCUUUGCCGCGAUGGCGGCUGCCGCUCUCGGGAUGUCGGAUAGCAAGGUCACCGUGGAGGACGUACCAGAUGAUUUGCAAGAUAUGCGACAGAACGGGCUCAUGUCGCUCACCAAGAAGCUCAUCGAGAUCAGAAGCUUAUUGCUGAGCAUCGACCAGAGCGACGCGCUCAAGUUGCCAAGCAUUGUCGUCAUCGGCAGUCAAAGCUCUGGAAAGAGUUCUGUUCUGGAGGCGAUCGUGGGGCAUGAGUUCUUGCCAAAGGGCAACAAUAUGGUCACUCGUCGGCCCAUUGAAUUGACACUGAUCAACACUCCCGGCGCUACGACCGAGUACGGCGAGUUCCCGGCCUUAGGGACGGGCCAAGUCACGGACUUCAGUCAAAUUCAGAAGACGCUUACGGACAUGAACCUCGCCGUGCCCGCAUCAGAAGCCGUCUCCGACAAGCCCAUCGACUUGCGCAUCUACAGUCCCAACGUGCCGGAUUUGACUCUCAUCGACCUUCCCGGCUACAUUGAGAUCUCUUCGCUCGACCAACCCGAGACGCUCAAGGAUAAGAUCUCGUCCCUGUGUGACAAGUACAUCCGCGAGCCGAACAUCAUUCUAGCUGUCUGUGCCGCCGAUGUCGAUCUUGCCAACUCUCCUGCGUUGCGCGCCAGUCGUAGGGUCGACCCACUCGGCCUUCGGACCAUCGGCGUUGUAACGAAGAUGGACCUGGUCGAGCCUGUGCAGGGCUCGAACAUCAUCGCCGGCAACCGCUACCCCUUACACCUCGGCUACGUUGGUGUCGUCUGCAAACCUUCGGGCAAGGUCGCGCGCCGGGAAACGUCAGGCGCAGUCGCACGGCGCGGAGACCAGUACUUCGCCGACCAUCGAGAGUUGUUCGCGUCGCAACAGCUUAUGGUUGGCACUUCAACGCUCCGGCGAAGGUUGAUGGAAGUCCUUGAGAGCUCGAUGGCAUCCUCAUUACAUGGCAUCACCAACGCUGUUCAGCUCGAACUCGAAGAGGCGCAAUACCAGUUCAAGGUCCAGUAUAAUGAUCGACGCACAUCACCCGAGACCUACGUCGCGGAGACCAUCGAUACUCUCAAGGGCCGCUUCAAGGAGUUCACCACCCAAUUCCGCAAGCCCGCGAUCCGCGCGAAGUUGAAGAGCAUGCUCGACGAGCGUGUGAUGGACGUCCUGGAACAACUCUACUGGAGUGAUAAGCGCAUCGCCGAGUUCACGGCCCUGGCAGAAGAUAAGAAGCUUAAGCCCGAGGACGUUGAGGCUUACUGGCGGUAUAAGCUGGAUGCCGCUAGCUCUCUAUUGACGAAGUCGGGCGUCGGGCGCGACUCAACGCUUCUCGUUGCCGACGGCAUUCGGGCGCUUAUUGAUGGCAUCGCCGCUGGCGAGCCGUUCACACACCACCCGCGCGCGGCGGAGCGCCUGGUCGAAUUCGCACAUAUGAUCCUACGAGAUCGUAUCCCACUUACGGCUGACCAAGUUGAGAACUGCAUCAAGCCAUUCAAAUACGAGGUCGAGGUCGACGCGCGGGAGUGGGAACUCGGACGUACGGCCGCCGUUGAUCUGUUCGAGCGUGAGGUUAGCAUGUGCGAAGGAAAGUUGAAGGAGAUCAGGAAGAAGGUCGGCGGGAGUAGGAGGUUGAAUAACCUUAUGUCCUAUGUCCGGGACCUGGAUGAGAGGGAGAAGGAACGGAAGAAGCAGGUCGUAGCGGCUUUAGCUGCAGGCGAGGAGACUGAGGAGCCCGCGCCUUUCGACGAGGGCUCAUACAAGUAUCCGCCCGCCCAGAUCGUUGACGCACGACAUGCAGCUCUAUACUCGGAUCGUCUUGGCAUCCUGAAACUUCGUACGGCGGCGCUCAAGGGCAAACGGUGCAAGUCUGGUCCCGAGAACGACCUGCUAUGCCCUGAGGCUUUCCUCGAGGUUGUCGCGGAUAAGCUGGCUUACACGUCCUCGAUGUUCAUCAACAUCGAGCUGUUGGAACAGUUCUUCUAUCAGUUCCCGCGCGAGAUCGACUCGCGACUGCUCUACGACCUUGACCGGUCUGAGAUCGAGCGUUUUGCACGCGAGAACCCGAUAGUGCGCCGUCAUUUGGAGCUUCAGGAGCGCAAAGAUAAGCUUGAAGAGGUUAUGAAGCGCCUCAACAGCCUUUCGACGCUUCGGGCGGACGUGCAACCUACUCAGCGCCGACCGCGGGGUCUGUUUGGCGGCAUGUUCUGA